ACUGGUUAACUUCCUGUUGUCGGUUUAGUUAAUUAUUUCUUCCCCUCUCUAACGUGUUUCUUUACCUUCUUAAAUUAUCAAUUCGUGGCCUUUGUUCCCCUUUGCUGAACUGUCCCCGGGUGUUAUUCGGAGGCGACCAAAGGAGGUUUAUCGGCUGCUAAUGUUAGCUAGUUAGCUUCCUGCAGUGACAGGUGAAGCUCGCUCCCGCCAGGCUCACCUUUCACCCGUCAAAGCCGUUUUUCCGCCGUUUUUCUCCGCCUGUAACCCUGUGCAGGUCCUCGGUCCUCAAACCAGCACCAUGGCCGGUCUGCUUUCAGCGCGCUGCGCCGCCUCUCUGAGGAAAUCCGGGGGUCUCAUUUAUUUAAGGAGCGCUGCUCUGGGGGUUCAUACGAAACAGUACAACAGCAGAAAAGCUUCAUCCUCCUCCUCCUCAUCAGCAUCGGAGUAUCUGCACCGUAGCGUCGUGCCAUCCAUGCAUUACCAGAAGAGUUUACCCAGAUUACCCAUACCAAAACUGGAGGAUACUAUCAGGAGGUAUUUGGCUGCCCAGAGGCCUCUUUUGGAUGAUGACCAGUUCAGAACCACAGAGAAACUCGCCCAGGAUUUCCAGGAUGGUGCGGGAAAGCAGCUGCACGAGGAACUGGUCAUUCAGGACAAGAACAAUAAGCACACGAGCUACAUCUCAGCUCCCUGGUUUGAUAUGUAUCUGUCUGCACGUGACUCUGUGGUGCUCAACUUCAACCCCUUCAUGUCCUUCAAUCCCGACCCCAAGACGGCGUACAAUGAGCAGCUGGUGCGGGCGACCAACAUGGUGUGUUCAGCUGUGCGCUUCAUGAAAACGCUACGAGCCGGCCUGCUGGAGCCGGAGGUUUUCCACCUGAACCCGGCCAAGAGCGACACAGACGGCUUCAAGAACUUUAUUCGCUGGGUCCCGUCUUCGCUGUCUUGGUAUGGGGCCUACAUGGUGAACGCGUACCCUCUGGACAUGUCUCAGUACUUCCGCCUCUUUAACUCAGCUCGGAUUCCCAAGCGUGGGCGAGAUGAGCUCUUCACCGAUGAGACAGGGCGCCACCUGUUGGUCAUGAGGAAAGGAAACAUGUACGUGUUUGACAUAGUAGACAGGGACGGGAAUUUGGUGAAGCCUGCAGAGAUCCAGGCCCACUUGCAGUACAUUUUGUCUGACUCGACGCCGACACCGGCCUUCCCGCUGGGCGUUCUGACCAGUGAGAACAGGGACGUUUGGGCUGGGCUCAGGGACAAGCUGAUAGCUGCUGGGAACGCAGAGGAUUUACGGGUCGUGGACAGCGCCCUUUUCUGCCUCUGCCUGGAUGACGAGAGCAUGCGGGACCAUAUUCACAUCUCCCACAACAUGUUGCACGGCGACGGCUGUAACCGCUGGUACGACAAGUCCUUCAGCCUCGUUCUAACCAAAGACGGACAGACUGCUAUUCACUUUGAGCACUCCUGGGGCGACGGCGUGGCCGUGCUCCGGUUUCAGAACGAGGUCUUUAAGGACACCACCGAGAAGCCGCUGGUGCACCCGGGUUCGGCCGCUGCUGCCGUGGAUUCGGCCUCCGCUGUGCGCAGACUGCACUUCAAGCUGGACAGGGAGCUGGAGCACGGCAUCAAAAAAGCAAAGGAGAACUUCGACUCGGCCGUGUCGAAACUCACCAUUGACGCCAUGGAGUUCAAGAGAGGCGGGAAGGAGCAGUUAAAGAAGAGCAAGCUCAGUCCAGAUGCUGUAGCCCAGCUGGCUUUCCAGAUGGGCUUCCUGAGGCAGUACGGCACCGUAGCCACGUACGAGUCCUGUAGCACCGCGGCGUUCAAGCAUGGCCGCACAGAGACCAUCCGAUCAGCUACCGUACACACCAGAAAGUGCUCGCACGCCUUCGUGAACCAGCGGGGCAAACAUAGCGUGGAGGAACUGCGAGCCAUGUUGCACGAAUGCUCCAAAUAUCACGGGCAGCUCACCAAGGAGGCGGCCAUGGGUCAGGGUUUCGACCGUCACCUGUUCGCCCUGCGGUACCUGGCCACCUCCAAGGGCCAAGCUCUGCCCAGCCUGUAAACUGACCCAGCACAAACCGCCAUCAACCACAACAUCCUCUCUACCAGCACCCUCACCAGUCCCGCCGUCAGUCUCGGCGGCUUCGCCCCCGUGGUGCCCGACGGUUUCGGCGUCGGCUAUGGCGUCCAUGACGACUGGAUCGGCUGCAACGUGUCCAGCUACCCGGCCCGUGACGUCCACGAGUUCCUGCGGUGCGUCCAGAAGUCUUUAGAGGACAUUUUUACUGUGCUGGAAGGAAAGCCUCUCAGCUAAGAGUGAAAAAAGGGUAUUUUUACACUGAUGCAGGUGAGAGCAGGUAUCAGUCACAGCACCUGAUCAGCUGAUUACAUUUUUACUACAGUGGUUUUUUUUGAUAGGAGAUACAGGGAGAACAGAAGUUCUCAAAAAAACAGUUUCCUCUGUCAGCAAAUGUGGAUACAAAUCAUAACUGUUCAGUGAUAAAUGAGUGAUGGUGUUAUUUUGGGUCAAAGCUGAGAUUCAGAUUAUUUGGUGAAAAUGUGCCCUGAUCUGUAACACAGAGGAUCGAAGCAAAAUCAAGAGCAGUGACAUCAUUGUUUUGUCUCCAUUGUUGUCAUAUUCACUGAAACUGCUGAGCUCUAAUAACAAAAAAUGCCAUUCAGACGUUAGUGCCUGACUUUUAUAUGCACAGACAUCCUGACAGCAGCGUGCUGCAGCCUCAUGUUAAUGUUAGCUGUGAUUUAAUUCUGCUACUACACACUUGUAGUGGUUUCUCACUGAGGCUCUCCCACAUUAAGCACCAUUUCCUUAAGUCAUUUUCCAGUAAUGGUAUGAUUGUAUCAUAAAGUGACACACAGGCCGAUUAACAGAAGCAAUAACUCAGAGAAAGUCGAGGCUGUCCUUACCCUGGAGUCCAUUUGGCAGUCACACAAUUAAGAUGAUCUUUGAGUGAGUGUGCAGGAAGCUGAUCGGACUUCAUUCAUGCAGUUAAACCUCCCGGCAGCAGGCGGCAGUCUGGAGGCAGAAGCUGUGCCUUACUGAAUGUGAAGCUCAACCGGAGCAUUUACAAAUGACUGUAAUGCUGAACUGUCAUCGCUGUUUGUUUGCUGUGCUUCAGUGUAUUUUGAAAUUAAACCUAAUUUAAUUUUUUCUGCUCUUAUUUGCCUUCCUGGUUCUUCACUAACAGCUGAUUAAAGACGAUAC